AUGGGAAUGUUGUUUAAAAUACGGGUGACACGUAAAAUUCGAUACAGCAUAGUUGGACAAUUCCAAACAACGUUUAAACGUCUCCUCUUGUGUGUAGUCAUCUGUGAUAUCUUUGUACAACACUUGCAACCUGUGUAUGCGGCUGUAAAACCACUUGAUCGUGAUGCACACAUCAUAUACUACAAAAACCAAGCACCGAGUGAAAGCGGUGAUUUUCAUUACGAAUUCCAAACAUCCAACGGCAUCACAACAAAAGCAGCGGGAAAUAAGUUCGGCCAUAGUGGUGUGGUGCAGUACAUUUCGGCAGAAGGCAUACCCAUCACGAUGACAUAUGUAGCCGAUGCCGAUGGUUAUCAUCCGACAGGCAAACACAUACCAAAGUUACCGGAACAAGUUUGGGCAACCCAGAUUGGUAGUAAACGCCAACAACGAACUGUGGACGAGAAGACAUAUGCAAAAACUACUGUUAGAAAAAUACAAUAG